GAGUUGUCAGACGUUGAUAAAGAUGGUCAACUGAGUCUGAGUGAAUUCUCCGUUGCAAUGCAUUUGGUGGUUCUCUGCCGAAAUGGAGUCAUCUUACCUAUCCAACUCCCCGAGAGUUUGCUCCGUGUAGCUACUUCAUGUGCACUCUCUGCUCCUGUUCCGCCUCAGUUUCCAUUACAACCGCCAUAUUCUACCCCCUUUGAAGGGCUGGAGAAGUCUCCGUCUAACUUGCCCACAACGGCUGCUGCUGAGCGUCGAUCUAAAUUAGGUGAACAUAGGUCUUUCGAUUCGACUCUCUCAGAAUCCGUUGUUAUUGCAGGAGUAACUUCUCAUCGGCGUUGGUCGGCGUCUAGUCCUUCCACCGACACCGAUGGUAUUACAUCCUUUGAUAGACGCCUUGUACCUAAUGCUCAAGUACGUCAUCCGAUUGCGAUUCGAGCCAAUCCUGCUCUCUUGAAUUCGGUUACACUUCCGACAGCCGCACGUGCACCCACUCCACCUCCUAGAGCUCGAACUAAAACAUUGACCUCUGACAUCGUCAGUCGGCCUCAACCCUGCUCUCUUGUUAGAUAG